AUGGCACCUGCGGAGCCAAAUCAUAAGCCCUUCGAGGCGCAGGGAGAGCUUCCAGUGUUCGAGGAAGAGCGUGAAGGAUGGAAGGGCUACAUCGAGUGGGAGAGAUACCCAGAGAAGAAGAAGAAGGCAGCAGAGAUCAUGGCGAAAUAUGACUUCCCCGUGCCUCCGGAGUUCCAAUUCAUUCCGUUACCCAAGACCAAUCCCGUCCUGGAAGGAGUACGCUGGAAACACUAUCAUUAUGCCAUGGGGCCCACCCUGAGUGACAUUCCGGACAUCUCAUGGAAGUACGUACUGAAGGAGAAGAGCGAAGACAUGAUCCACGUUCUGCAGUUCCCAUACAACGGCGAGCCGCCAAGAAAACGACUAACCGAGAUUACCAACAACCCCGACUUCUUCGUCCGCAACCAUGGCGGUAUCCCAGAGAUUGACCCUAGCAAGUACUUCUUCGAAGUCGAAGGCCUCGUCAAAAACCCCAAGAAAAUCACCCUGGACAUGCUCAAAGAUGAAUCCAUCUUCCCCCGCCAAUCCACAGUCGUCAGUCUCCAAUGCUCCGGAACCCGCCGCAUCGAGCAAAUCCACGAGUACCCCGGUGACGGCGACGAGCUCAUCAACGCGCCCUGGGGAGAAGGCGCCAUUGGCACCGCCCGCUGGACCGGUGUUUCCCUCAAGAAGGUCAUCAAGUACUGCGGCGGUCUCAAGGACAACGGCGCUCAUCUCGAGUUCUUCGGUGCGGACACGUACUUCAAGAAGGGUCAGGUGUACAACUACGCUGUCUCCGUACCAGCCCGCAAGAUGAAGGUGAACGAAGUCCUGCUUGCAUGGGAGAUGAACGGCGAGCCACUCCCUGCAAUCCACGGUUUCCCGCUUCGCGUUGUGGUCAUGGGGUACAUCGGUGCCCGUUCCUGCAAAUGGCUGACUCGCAUCAAUGUCAUCGCUGACCCUUCGAUGGCACCCGUUCAGAUGAAGGAGUACCUCUACUACACACCUCAGAUGGGUAAGCAGAACGUGACAUACAGCAAUGGUUUCAGCAUCCAGACUAUGCCUGUCUCGUCCGCGAUUAUGACACCUGUCAACAACGACGUCAUCAUCCACGACGGCAAGAUCACGUUUACAGGCUGGGCAUACAGCGGCAGCGGAUGGCCUGAGCGAGUGGAGGUCAGUAACGAUGGAGGAGGUGUCUGGUACGAGGUUCCAAAUGAGAACCUGAGUAAGAAGUAUUUCCACGCUUGGAGAACUUGGUCCUUCGAAUGCCCGGUCGACGCAGAAGGAUGGUUGGAGUUCUGUGUCAGAUGUUGGGAUGAUGCCCUGAACACGCAACCGACGUACGUCCGAAGCGCUUGGAAUUGGGAUCUGCACGUCACAUCGUCCUGCCAUCGCGUCAAACUCUACAGUGUCAACAGGUCGAAGCCGCUGACUGCCAAGCGCCUGAAGCAGUUCGAGGACAGGGGUCAGCCGUUCUUGCCACUCACGCGGCCUGUGCCUUUCGAUCUCGAGACGGAUGAGGACUACAUCAAGGAGAUGACGAAGCGCGAUGGUCGCGAUCCCACAGAGUAG